UGUGUUUACCCGGAAAUGAGAGCGACCAACAAAAGCUGACAAAUAACCGAUUUCUAUCCGCCUUUUUAGUUCAUUAAAAUUAUAAAUUAACCUUUAAUUUGACUGAAAACUGCUGAGUCAGAAUGUACAGCGGACUUCUGCCAAAAGGUUUGACGGAGGACGACCUCAGUGACGACGAGCAGGAGGAAGCUGUUGAAGAGGAGAGGACGAUGGAGAAGUGUGAGAGCUCAGUGAUUCGGGACGCACCACUGACUCACACUGUCAGUGGGUCCCCGACAAGCAGUUUGCCCGGUGUGUCCCAGGAAAUGUGGCAAAAAUUUCAGGACCUGCGGAAGAAGAGUGAUGAAAUGAAGACAAUGAAGGUUCAGAGAAAACGAAAAAGACGACGACACAAGAAAGCGGGAACAGAGAGUGCAGAGCCGACAGAGACAAGCAGAGUGUGUCAGGAGGAACGGCAGCAGCACUGGGAUGGGCUUAAGCAGUAUUUUGGUGUAAAUGAUCGAUUUGAUCCCCCUGCAUGUUCCAACCCCCAUCCGAAGUCCGGCCUAGAAACGAGCAUAGAAAAGGCCAUAGCUGAAGGGGACAUUGCAAAAGCAGAGGAGAUGAGCGACAGACUCGCCACUCGAGAGCUGGCUGUGAAAAUCGCUCAAGCCGCUGAUUGCCGUGACUUUGUGGAACACAAACAGGAAGAGGAAGCUUUGAAAGCAGCGCAGAAGAGAAAGAAGGAUAUAGUCUGGGGGUUUGAGGCGAAACAACGAUGGGAAAGCAAAAGCAACAUGGGCUUCAUGUGACAAACAGCAGAAACACUCUUCAGUCUUUUUCUUUUAGAUCAUUUGAUAAAAGUGGUGUUUUUUAAUGAGAGGUCGAUCAUGUUUCUUUGUAUAUUUCGAGGACUUGACAGUAGCACUGUGUGAGGGGGCAGAAGUCACACAUUGGCUGAGAAAAAAACCAAUCCACAUAGAACGAGAGAGAGAGAGAGAGAAAUUUACAGAGCAUUCAAAUUAAUUCCUAAGGCGCCCAUUGGUGUCUGCAUUGUGUUAUUUUUCAUUACAUUUCAGUGAUUUGAGCGUUCUGGCCUUCUUUUUUUUUUCUCCCCCUUCAAAUUAAAUCUGGUGUACAUUACUGGAUGAUGCGUUUAUUUAUUGCUGUAAAGUGGGUUAAUCAUGAAGGCGCUCCUUUCUUCUUCUGAGGAAGAGAAAAGGAAGAUUAAGGCCCUAAUGCAAUGUACAGGAUAAUGUGCGAUAGGAUUUGGGAGUAGAAAAUGAAAUUUGGCUGCUGUAAACUGCUGUGAGCGGUCGUAAACUAGAAGUUGAGCUAACAAUCAAGGGAGGAGGAGGGGGGAGGCUUUUCUCUUGGCCCUCACCCAUGCUGGGAGACGCUGCUAUUGUUUCUCUGCCCGAAACAAGAGGCGGGUGCUGUUUUCUCGAAGCCGACACUGCGCGUUGAGCUCUCCAGCAUCUGUAAACUCCUCUAAACCCGUCGCGCGUCUCGCUCUCACUUUGAUCUUCUUCUGAUCUGCGUGCGUUUGCCUCCGCAGCUACUCCAGACUUCAGAAAAAUGCUCGUUCAGAUUCCUGCGAGUGUUAAUUGCAAACAGCGCGCAAAAGAAAGCACAAAAAAAAAACGAUAAUUACUUUUAUUCAUAAUGCUUGCUUAUAUUUUUUUCAAUCAUAGAAAAUGAUUGCUUCGCUUCAAGGUAAUGAGAAUUAAAAUUAAUCCACCUUGUUUGCAUUGCACAUAUUUGGUUCACUUUGCCCCCCUGGUGAGGUGCAGUGUUUUCACGGCUCUGCUGUGUCGGCCGAAUCGGCGCGAAAGUGACAAAAAUUCGCAAAACAUCAGCAAUAAAAGUUUGUCUGCAAUUAUGACACAAAACACCUAAGCUAAAGAAACCGAGAAAUGACGCGAGCAUGGAGACAGAAUUUAGAAAAACACCGCUUUUUGUAUCAUUUGACAUUAAAGUGAGUCUGAGACACUGUCACAUGGGGAGAAUAGCUGCUAAUUAAACUAUUAAUUAUCUCUGUAAUGAGAUGCGAGUUAAAACUGUGUUAAGCACAUCAAAGUCCGACAUGGGAUUUCUUCACUUUGAUGACUGCUAUGAAAACUAUAUCUUGACGGAGGAGUGAGGAAACCUCACAGAUGAUUUUCAUUAAUGGGACAACAGAAGGCAGAAUUUUGGGGUCUUUGAAAGUUUUGGAUAAGAGCAACGUUAAUAGUUUCAUAGUCUCUUUUAUUUACAGAGAAAAGCCGGAUGCAGGUUUAAUGAUCGCGACUUCACAGAGACGAAGUUUUUUUAAUGUUUUUCAAUAAAGUUGUAUUAUGUUUGA